GCCCUCCUCCUCUUCCUCCUCCUCCUCCUCCUCUCUCCUUCCUCUGCCUCUCGUGUCUCUUCUUCACCUCCUCUCCUCUGAACCCGCUCUGAGGAUGGAGACGCCGCUGACAGCAGCUGAGGGGCCGACGCCCCCCCGGCCGGACGGCGCCGCCAGGACCCCCGAGGGGGAGGCUCCUCCCUCCCCUCCCCCCUCCCCCUGCUCCCCCUCCUCCUCCGACCCCAUGGAGGCGUUCAGGAGACGGCUGGAGGACAUCAUCAGAACCCACGGCUCUGAUGAUGUCCUGCUGGACGAGCAGACGGAGGCCGAGGCGGAGAAGGUGAAGAAGGAGCCGAUGGAGGACAUCCCCGUUGCCAUAGAGACCGAGGUCUGCCUGGUGAUGAAGAGCCUGAAGAAGAUGUCCUCCCCGGAGAAGAAGCUGGAAGACGUGGUCAGGAGAUACGCGGAGGUGACGGCCCUGCGGCGGGGCGAUGACCGGAAGUUGUCCGCGCUGCAGCACCGGAUGUUCGCCCUGCAGGAGGAGCGGCAGCAGCUGCAGCGCGAGAGCCGCAGCGGCGGCGCCGCGCGCCGCGCGCUGGAGGCGCUGUGCCGCGAGCUGCAGGCCCACUGCGGCGCGCUGAGGGACGAGGGCCGGCAGCGCCGCCAGGAGGACGCGGCCCAGAGGGCGGACGUCAGCGGCCACUUCCAGAGCAUGCUCAGCGACAUCCAGCAGCAGAUCGAGCAGCACAGCACGCGCAACGACCGGCUGUGCCUGGAGAACAGCAGCCUGACAGACAAGCUGGAGGGCCUCAUGACGCAGUGCGAGACCCGCGAGGAGAGUUUGGAGAAGAUCAACAAGCAGCGCGAGCUGCAGCAGCAGCUGACCGAGGCCCGGCUGCUGCAGGCCCGAGCGCUGCUGAGCGACGCCGAGGACAAGCACCACAGGGAGAAGGAAUACUUGCUCAGGGAGGCGAUUGACAAAACAAAGAAAUGCUUCGCUAUGAAGGAGCAGGAGCUGACCAUGAAGAAGAAGCUCAGCCUCUACGCCCAGAAGUUUGACGAGUUCCAGGCGACGCUAGCCAAGAGCAACGAGAUCUACGUCCGCUUCAAGAAGGAGAUGGACAACAUGUCAGUGAAGAUGAAGAAGAUGGAGAAAGAGUCGACUCUGUGGAGGACGAGGUUCGAGAACUGCAACAAGGCUCUGACGGACAUGAUGGAGGAGAGAACCGAGAAGAGCCGAGAGUACGACGUGUUCGUGCUGAAGAUCCAGAAGCUGGAGCGGCUGUGCCAGGCGCUGCAGAGCGAGCGGGUCAUCCUCUACGACAAGAUCAAGGAGGUCCGCGUGGCCAACUCCAACAUCACAUCCAGGGUCCUGGGCGGCUCCGGAGCCCGGGAGACGUCCGAGCCCGAGGGCGCCGCCCCCCCGCUGACCCCCGUGCAGACGCAGGACAUCCUGGAGUUCCAGGAGCUCCAGGAUGUCCAGAAGCUCCAGGAGAUCCAGAAGGAGGACCCGGUCCUAACGGAGGGCAUGUCCCGCCUGAGGGAGGAGCAGGCCAAGCUGCUGGAGAUCGCCGCCUCCCUGAUGGCCAGCGACGCUCAGGACGGCGGUGACGACGAAGAGGACCGCGAAGAGGACCCCGAAGAGGACCCCGAAGAGGACCCGGUGUCCUCGGCGUUCGGCCAGUUCAAAAGCAGAGCUCCGGUCGAGUCGGUUCCCCCACAGGAGGGUCCAGAGCCAGUGGAGGUCUCUUUGGUACCAACAGAUGGCGUAAAGGUUCCGGCCCGGCAGGAAGAGGUUCCACCGGUCCAACGGGAGGAGGCCCAGAGACCUGCCGCCCCCCCCACGAGACCGGAGGGACGGCCGGGCCGCCCGGAGACCCCGGGCGAGGCCGGCCCGGCGGUCCCGGUGGAAGUCGGGAAGGUCCCGGCAGAACCAGAAGAAGCACCGAUCGAGUCAGAAUCGGCUCCAGCGGCCGCCAGCGCACCGGAAACGAGCGCCGCUUCAAACGCCGCUUCAAACGCCGAGUCCUCCAAGAAGCAAGCACCGAAGAAAAAGAAGAAGAGGAACGGCAAGAGUGCUAGCUAAAGUUUAGGACGGUGUGUGUGUGUUGAUAUGUGGGUAUAGUGUGUGUGUGUGUGUCGAUGAAGACCUGCGCUGCCUUCUUCACAGUUAAACUCUUGAGUUUAUUCGUGUCUUUGGCUCCUUUUCUCGUGAGUCGUUCCCAGACGCGUGUCGACAGGUUGACGUGUGAAAGCAUCAAAGGAGCCUUGAGUUCACCUGAAGCUGAGGAAAUGAAAGGUGUCAAAAAGUGCCCCAAAGAGUCGAUGAAUGCCAGUGAAGCGUCACAGCAGCUCAAUAAAGUCAUUUCCUGAGCAUUUUAACCAG